CGUUAGUUUCCGUUUUUCCUGAGCCCGCCGAGUUCUAAGAAGUGUCGUGAGCAUUCAGCCAGUGUUUUCUUCACGUAUCUUCACCGAGAAGUUGUGCAUGCAAAAGGAAAGGUGUUUUCUAAAAGUGUUGUUUGGCGCGAUAUCCAAAUAAAAAUAUCUCCCCGUGGCCCAAUAAGAUCCGUGUCUUGGUGCGUGUUCUUGAAGCCCGCGUGCGUAUUCGUGCAUUGUGAUUGAGUGAGAGGGUGCGUAAGGUGUGCAAUCAUCGUGUGUGUUGUAAUCGCAAGAGAAGAAGCAGAAGCAAGUUUGCUUUCUUCCACUGAGUCCCCCAUCCCGCAAAUAAAAAAAAAAGUUGCCCAUCCCUGCCCAGAGGGCGGCAUUCCAACAGUGUUUGUGUGUGCGCGCGCGUGUGUGUGUGCGUGGGGUAAUUCACAGCUCGAAGAGUUUCCAAGAUCUCCAGUUUUCCACAACAACCCCCCCCUCCAAUCCGGUGGUGUGGUGGUCGUGAUCAGCAGCCGAGUCGGUACGCGCCAUUUGUUACCACAUACCCACACGAACUACACGAAACACACGAUCUCUCUGUCUCUCACUCUCGCUCUCACUCUCUCCAUUUCCUUCUGUCCGUCUGUCUGAACAAAAAUAAUAAUAAAAAAACACACCCUCACACCCUGUUCGACUGACACCACCAAACUCUUUGGAGUAACAGCAAAAUAAACAAAAAAAAACACACAUUUAAAAGAAAAUCACAACAAAUCCGGGUAGCCCGUGAACCAAAAACCCUUAGCCGCGAAAACAGCGGAGCGGAUCACCCUCCGUGUGUGUGUGUGUGUGCGCCUAAAGCAGAGAAACAACACUCGUCCAGGAGCCGCGCAGGCUACACGACCCGCACAACGAUCGCGUUCACACAGCAGCAACAUCCCCCCGGUGCCGGUGUAAUGAUCAUGGCGUCAUUCAACGGUGGUAGCGCCGCGGGCGGCGGCGGUGGCGGUGGCGGUGGCCAGGAUGGACCGCACAACAAGCGUCUCUGUACCGGCCAGGAGAUGAGCGAGGUGCCGCUCAAUAGUCGGAACAACAACAACAACAUCAACGUCACAGACGAACCACGCCGGAAGCGUGACGUUGCGACACGCCCCAACCAUAUCCUGCUGUUCACGAUCCUGAACCCGAUCUAUCCGAUCACAGUGGACGUACUGCACACGAUCUGUCAACCAAAUGGCCAAGUGCAACGCAUCGUGAUAUUCAAGAAGAAUGGCGUCCAAGCAAUGGUCGAGUUUGACAGCAUAGAGUCAGCGACUCGUGCCAAAGACAGCCUAAACGGUUGCGACAUCUACUCCGGCUGCUGCACACUGAAGAUCGACUACGCAAAGCCAGAAAAACUCAAUGUUUACAAAAACGACAGUGACUCCAGUUGGGACUACACGCUGGUAGCUGCCACCACAGUCAAGGAGGUCGGUAAUGGACGCUCGCCCCUGCUCCAGGAUCCAACGCUCUUCGGUGGACGACCGCAGCCGUACAGUAAGUACCUUUCACCAUCACAUACACCCUACAACGAGUACUCUCAACCUACUCAGGGGACCCGCUCAAAACCUGCUCUGCUGGGCGCCGGUGGAGGAAACGGUUUUCCACCGAACUUUUCACCACCGGACUUCCAUCCAUCGGAGAACUGGAAACCGGCCGCCGCCGGUACGCAUGUCGGUCUGAUGAAAGACCCACCGUUGCCCCGCAAUGGACCCACCAACUUCAUCCAACCAACACAACAACAGGGCGCAGUGAUGAUGGUUUACGGACUCGACAAUGGAACCGCCAACACCGAUAAGCUUUUCAAUCUGUUCUGCCUUUACGGCAACGUAGUGCGGAUAAAGUUCCUGAAGACCAAGGAAGGUACCGCCAUGGUCCAAAUGGGUGAUGCCAUCGCAGUCGAACGUUGCGUCCAGCACCUGAACAACAUUCCAAUCGGAAAUGAUGGCAAAAUUCAGAUCGCAUUUUCCAAGCAGAACUUUUUGUCCGAGGUCACAAACCCGUACACCCUGCCGGAUCAUACGCCCAGCUUCAAGGAAUACACCGGCUCGAAGAACAACCGUUUCCUGUCGCUGACGCAGGCAAGCAAGAACCGCAUCCAACCGCCAAGCAAGAUUCUUCACUUCUUCAACACACCGCCAGGACUAACCGAUGAGCAGCUGAUUGCUGCGUUCAGUAGCAACGAUUGCCACCCGUCGCAAGUACGCAUGUUCCCACUGAAAUCGGAACGCUCCUCGUCCGGGCUGGUUGAGUUCCCGAGCGUCGCCCUAGCCGUCCAGGCCAUCAUGAAGUGCAACCACACCGCCAUCGAUCACAAAGGCACAAAGUUCCCGUUCAUCAUGAAACUCUGCUUUUCGUCGUCCAAAACGAUGAACGGUGCGUGGAAUAACGAGAACAUCGAGAACAUGAAGCAGGGUUCCGCCGUCCCAACGACGCCCGGUGCCGAAGAUGAGCCGAUGCAGGCGCGAUAAAUCGAUCGCGCACCACACGCUGCACCGGGCCCGAUGCUUUUCGAUGAGCCUGUAUGCUGCGGUCCCGCGAUCCUCGUGCAAAACCGUGUUUUGAUGGAACUACGGGUUCAUCCCUGUGUGUUUUGAUGUGAUGACGAAUGAGACGAACAGAAGAAGAACAGAACAGAAAAAAGAAAGUAACCGAUAUUAAUGCAUGCAAAAAUCUAAACCCGGAGGUUUCGCAGGUCGAUCGCAAUUUCAUCCUCAGUCAACAAAUUCAUCACCAUUCAUCGUAACCAAUCACCAUCGUAUUUCUGUCAAGUGCAGCAUCCUAGUUGCGGCCACCAUCUCACCUUCCACAAGCAUCGCACGUCGCGCUCGUUUGUGAGCGCGCGCGUGCGUUGAGGAGUAACGCAAAAAAAAAAACCCCUCAUCUCGUCUAUCCAUAUUGCGCUACACAGUAGAGUUAAGCUGAACCAGCUGAAAACCAGCUGAUCGAAUGUGAGUACGUGCAGUUCUCGCAAAUAGGAUUGUAAAACAUGGCUUUGCAGAUAAUGCCACGCUGCACUCGUUCGUUCGUUCUAUGAUGAGCGCAAGGAUUCGUCCAGUAUAGGAUACAAGUAAUGGUUAGAUUGUUUAAUUUUAUUAGCAACACAGCCGCAAACAUGGAAUGGAAUGGCGCAACACGAAAGUAAACCACCGGAAGAUGAUAGUGAAGAUUGACGAAAUGGACGACCAAGCGCAGAUGAGGGAACACCCUUACACUACUUAAUCAAUGCCGGAACCCCACAGACGGCCUAUUGGCUGUACCAUGGCGGGCAAACCAGUAGCAGAAGCAUGUCUCUCGUACGGGAAGCAUGCUGGAUAUUUUAGCCCCUCGCUCUCAUUUUCUUUACCGCUUUACAAUCGAAUCCCACAUCAUGCAACAAUCGUCACAAUCAACUAGAAAAGAAAAGACUAGGAGCUGAAAUGAGAAAGGAAAGGAUAAGCUGUGCGAGAAGAUGAUAAAACUAAAAGCGAAAGAUAACGACAACAAAAGAUACCCAAUGGGCGGCAAACGAAUGAAAGCUUUGAAACCAAAAAAAAACAAGAGAAGGAAAAGAUAAUAAGGCGCUGCAAAUGGAAACAAAUCAACCGGCGAUGGCCGGACUGGCUUUCGCCAGCAAUAAGAAACUUCGCUCCCCGGAUGGUUUGCAAUUGGCGCAAGGUGGCGCAUCAGUGCGUCGUGUGUUCGAUUUUUAGACAAUUAAGUAAGAACAAACACCUAACUUUUAAAACCUUCUAUCUGUCCACUUGUCACCUUAUAUCCCAAAUGUUGUUAUCCUCGACAAAUUUGUGCUUCUUGUUUUGCCGGUUAAAUUAAUCUCCAUUUAUCCAGUUCUUUACCUGUAUUGUUAGCAUGAUCAUGUUUCGAUUUUUGUAAUCCUUUCUUUCCUUACCCUGUGAGCCCUUCUUAGGUACAUUGAUACAACAACAAGAGAAAAGACAUUAUUUAUUGUUUACUAAUUUAGAAGAAAUUGCGUAUGAAUCCGGUUGAGAGUUGAAAAAGGAGGCUAGAGUACAAUGGAUACGUAGACGAGAGAGUAUAUGAACAAAAAACGCCUAACCGACAGGGGGGCACCAGCUAGUAAGGAUAGUAACAAUUGUAAUGUGCAAUGCUCUGCCCUCUCGCUCUCUUCCUUUUGGUCUUUUUGCUCGGUCUCGCCUUUUCUCUUUCUCUCUCUCCCGGUACGCGUGUUUGUGAUGAACGGAAUGCGUGCUGAUGGGGAAAAGUCCUUUAAUGGUUGAGUCCAUCAUGUAUGAACGAGAUCGUGUGCGCAAGAUCAUGUUUGUUUGUGUGCUUACUUUGAGUAUGUCUGCCUGUCUGUAUACGUUAGCGAAUUGGUUUGCAAGCAGGAUUGUAUUCAGUUGUUCACUUUUUUCUUGGUUCUCUCGAUAGUUUAUAGUUCAGGCAAGAUUUCGUGGAAUGGGAAUGUGUAGAAUGUAAUGGAAAGCAAAAAGCAAAACGAAGAUUUGCAAUGGGGAAAACUGGCAUCUAAAAAAAGGAGCAAAUUAUAGAUAAUAACAUUUAUGAUAUGUUAAGAAUCUAUCUUAAAAUGCAAACAAGCGUGAGCAGUUGUAUAAGCUAGAAGGAAAUGAUAUUGCAAUACUCUAUGCGCACGAAACGCAAGGCGAGGUAGAACAAUCAAUGCGGUGAACACUUGAACGCAAAACAACAACAACAACACACUCACACUUACAUACACACUAAUAUUAACAAAUAAUACACACAGACACAAACACCCUCCGUUCAGUUCGGUUUUGUUUCGUAAGCUGUGCAAAAUAGUUUCGUUAGCCUCAAAGCAAAACAUUGAUGAACGCCAGCAGCAGCAUUGGGAAAUUCAAUCAAACAAGCAAACCACACAAUCGACAACGAACAACAACAUACUAAAUCAGUUACACUGGGUAAACGUAAAAUGGCAAGUCGAGACAAAAUUCAUUAAAUUAAGAUACAUAUAUUUGUUUAGUACCUUUAAGAAGUUCACUUGUGUCCUUAGUUUUUAUGUGUGAGCUACAUACUUCCCGCUCAUGCAUACGUAUGCGCAGGCAAACGAAUCAAAACAAACUUCUCUCACACACCCAGGUACACGUACAGCAAGAAACACCCCAAAACCCAAGGCACGGCCCAAGCGUAGAGGCUAUACCAGCGCAAAAAAAAAACAAUACAAUACACACACGUUGCAGCAUAACAUAACAAAACACCACUUAUUAAAAAAAACAUAAACCAACACCACCACCAAUCACCACCAAUCACACCGCACCAAAACGCACCGAAGCCGCCACGUUUCGUGGACAUUUACUGCGGAACCAAAAAUCAAACAAAAGAAGCAAAUCGCAAAAAUGAUCCAGAAACAUCGCCGAAUCCAAAUGCGUAACGAUUCUUUUGUUCACUAAAUCAUCCUCAUUUAUCAUCAUUGUUGUUUUUUUCUUCUUCUCUUUUCGUUUUGAUAGUGUCGUUUAACUCUUAUGUUACUAAGCGUUAGGGCGUUUGAUGUAUAAGACAAUUUGUUAGAGCUUUUUUAUUAUUAUUAUUAUUAUUAUUAUUAUUAUUAUUAACUAUUACGAUUACUGUUUAGCUUUAGUUUUAGUCGCUAGUGCAGCAAAUCGUGUAUGAGUUUUCGUUUUUUUUAAUUUACUCACUCUUUGGUUUUGUUCGAGUAAAGCAAAGGAAAAACAAAACGCUGUGAAUGGGGGUGUGCAAAAGUUCAAACAAUACACAACACAAAAUUCCUCAUCACAGCUGGUAGGGGAUAAGCAAAAACAAAAACCUGCAAAUGAGACAAAUGUGCAAUCGAAGGUACUUUACUAUCCAAAAGGAGUGAACGAUGUUUAAUUUCCUUGUUUUUUUUCUGUUUAGAAUGUUUUUUUCUUUGUUUAUUUAAGUUGAACACUUUCUUUUCGUUUCAUAUUUUUUAUUGUUUCAAUAAAGAAUAGGUGAAUUUUCA